AACCAGGUGCUAUGCGUCAUCCGCCAUAUCGUUGGAAUUUGUGAAAGUGCGCAUUGUUUGCUUUUAAGAAAUAAACUAAAGAUUUUAAUUAUUUGAUAUUGUAAGUGAAUUAUAUGUGUAAAUAACAAUGAGUGAGUGGUACAGAAUGAAGACGGGUUAUAACAACAACCAUAAUUCUUCGGAGUUAUCAGUGGAAACAUCUUGUGAAAUGUCGGAUUCAUAUAACUCAUUUUCUGAAAAUUUGAGUCCAAUACCGGCAUCUAAAGUGCCCAGGAGAUUGGAUUUUAACUUGGAUGAUGAUGUUAUACGAGAUGAACCGUCUGCUCCGGAAUCACCCAACCUGCCUUAUAGAAGGGUUAGAGCUUUGAGAUUAUUUGACACACCCCACACACCAAAGGCUUUGCUGGAAAAGUGUUCAACACCAACCCACCGUCCACUGAGAUCUAAGCUAUUCCCACCGAAACUAUGUGUCCCUACAGGUGUACCAUCAGGUUCCAGUCACCACCUGCACCCGCCGUCUGGAGACGACGACAGCGCGCUCGGAAGCCUACUCCCUGAAGACCUGGAUGACUCUAGAGUCAGGAGACCAAUUGUUAAUAUCAACCCAUUUACACCUGAAGGUCAAGCAAUGAACCAGAAUAACCGAGGCCAGUCUAAAACACCAACAUGGGGACAGUCGCCUGAACUGCCGCCGGCGAAGAGAAUGAGAGAUUCAAACAUCCCUCGCUACAGUGUUGAGUUUGUGGAACAAGAGGUGAUAGGUCGUGGCUCGUUCGGUGAAGUGAGCCGUUGCGUUAACAAGCUUGAUGGCUGUGUGUACGCACUAAAGCGCUCGCUGCGCCCCGUAGCGGGCUCCGCUGCUGAACGGAAUGCUCUCACCGAGGUGUAUGCACAUGCAGUACUUGGGAUGCAUCCCCAUGUUGUGAGAUAUUACUCAGCGUGGGCGGAGGACGGGCACAUGAUAAUCCAGAACGAGUACUGCGACGGUGGGUCUCUGCAGCAGAUGAUGGAAGCAGGUCCACUGCCGGAGCCCGAACUGCUGCUUCUACUUGCACAUAUUGCUGAGGGAUUGGCAUACAUCCACUCGCGUCAGCUGGUGCACAUGGACGUGAAGCCGGGGAACAUCUUCGUGUGUCGCGCCGAGCAGUUCACAGCACCGGACUCUGAUGAUGGUUACGAUGAUGACGACACGCCGCAGCAUCCACAGCAUAUAUAUAAACUUGGUGACCUGGGUCAUGUGACGUGCGUGUCCUCGCCGCUGGUGGAAGAGGGUGACUGCCGCUACCUGCCCAAGGAGGUGCUGCAGGAGGACUUCACACAUCUCACCAAAGCUGACAUCUUUGCGUUUGGUCUGACACUAUUCGAGGCCGGGGGCGGCGGGCCGCUGCCUAAGAACGGCCAGCAGUGGCAUGACUACAGGGACGGCAAGCUGCCUCAUCUGCCCAAUCUCUCCAAGGAGUUUAAUGAACUGUUAAAAAAAAUGGUGGACCCGGAGCCGAUGUUGCGGCCGUCAGCAGCGCGACUGCGGCGACACGCGCUGCUGCAUCCCGCCGGCAACAAGAGCAAGGCGCAGCUGCGUCGCGAGCUCGCCGCCGCAAGGCAAAAGAACGACCUGCUCACGCGCAGGCUGCAGGAGGCCGCCAGAUGUAUAAAAUCAUUAACACCAGUUGUAACGAAUCAAGAAUCAGCAAAGUUCAGAACGAGGUCCGCGAAACGUCUGCACUCGCCGCGCUUUGACUCGCAAAUUGUUGAAAUUAUCAAAUCUGUUACAUCUCCCAUCAGGAUAGACAGACGGACAGACAAACGGGAAAACUGAUGUUCAACAUAUUCAAGAGAAUUAAAAUAACAAAAUCGAGUUUCUGAAAAUCGAAACACGGAGCAGGUCAAGUAUUCACAUUAAAUAUACAAAAAUACAAAAUAUUUAUAUAAAUAAAUAUAUAUAUUGAAAACAGAUAUAUCCGUGACAUUGCUGGACCAAUUUACGUGUAUUUUUAUUGACGAGGUGGUCCUAAUAUACUAUGAUAUACAUAAAAUAACUUCUUAAACAAAACUGACUCCCUACAAAAAUGAACAAUAAUAAUUAACAUAUAACUACUACUGAACUUACGAUAAUUAAAAUGGUUUAAUUUAACAUGAACUUUGAUUAUUUAAUGACAGGACCUGUCAAAAGCACACAUUCCUUUAUAUAGAAUAAAAGGAACAAUGAGUUCUCAAUUUGUUUUGUGUCUAAAUUUUCUAUAUUUCUUUAUCUCCCGCGAAUAUCAGAAUUUAAUAUGCUGGCUCUUAGACUAGCAUGUUCUAUAGUCAAAGAGCUUUAAUGUUGGGUUUGAUAACAAUCAGUUUGAAGCACAAUUGUGACUUGUAACUAAAAAGGGUAGACAGAGAGUAAACUUUCAUUGAAAUUAUCAAAUGUGACCACUCAAUUUUUUCUGUAUGAAGUCAAAUAGAACUAGUACCCAGUAACUUGAACCCUCAGUCCUGUGACGUCAUACUGACUAGUACAGCGCACAAAAUAAUUGUGAAAUUAACUAACAAGACUAAGUGAAGUCACUAUUUGUGAAUGAUUGUGAACAUGGUUACUUUGUAAUCUGUCUAUAUAAAUGAUAUUUAGAGCAAAUUUAAUUAAUCUAUUA